AUGUCGGUGUUCCAGGAAGGCCAAGGUGCUGGGGAGGGGAGAGGAAGGUCUGGGGUGUUCCAGAAGGGCCAAGGUGCUGGGGAGGGGAGAGGAAGGUCUGGGGUGUUCCAGGAGCGCCAAGGUGCUGGGGAGUGGAGAGGAAAGUCUGGGGUGUUCCAGGAGGGCCAAGGUGCUGGUGAGGGGAGAGGAAUGUCUGGGGUGUUCCAGGAGCGCCAAGGUGCUGGGGAGUGGAGAGGAAAGUCUGGGGUGUUCCAGGAGGGCCAAGGUGCUGGUGAGGGAGAGGAAGGUCUGGGGUGUUCCAGGAGGGCCAAGGUGCUGGUGAGGGGAGAGGAAGGUCUGGGGUGUUCCAGGAGGGCCAAGGUGCUGCCCCCCACCCCCCCACCCCCGCCCCCCCCCGACCCCCUCCCCAUCCCCCCCUCCCCCCCAACCCCCCCCUCCCCCCCCCCCCCCCCCCCCCCUCCACCAACCCCUGUCCCCCCCCAACCCCCCACUCCCCCCCACCCCUCCCCCCCCCCUCCCUCCCCACCCCCUCCCCCCCACCCCAACCCCCCCCCCCCCACUCCCCCUCCCCCAUCCCCCUCCCCCCCCCUACCCCCCAACCCCCCCCCCCCAUCCCCUCCCUUACCCCCCCCCUCCCCCCCCCCCCAACCGCCCCCCCCCCAUCCCCCCCCCCCAUCCCCCCCCCCUCCCCCCCCCCCAAACCCCCCCCCCCCCCAACCCCCCCUCCCUCCCCCCCCCCCCCACUACCCCCCACCACCCCCGUCCCCCUCCCCCAACCCCCCCUUCCCCCCCCCCACCCCACCACCCCGUCCCCCCCCCUUACCCCCUACCCCUCCACCACCCCCGCCCCCCCCCUCCCCCACUACCCCUCCACCACCCCGUCCCUUCCCCUCCCCCACUCCCCCUCACCCCCCCCCGUCCCCCCCCCCUACCCCUCCCCCUCCCCAACCCCCGUCCCCCCCUACCCAUACCCCCCAACCCCCUCCGCCCUCCCCACCCCCCCCCCAACCCCUCCCACCCCCUCCCCCCCCCCCCCCUCCCCCCCCCCCCAAUCCCCGUCCCCCCCCCUACCCCACACCCCUCCACCAUCCCCGUCCCCCUCCCCACCCCCCCACCCCCCCCCUCCCCCCCCCCCCCUCCCCCCCACCCCCCCCCCCUCCCUCCACAUCCCCCGUCCCUCCCCUACCCCACUCCCCCCCCCCAAAACCGUCCCCCCCCCCCCCCUCCCCCCUACCUCCCCCCCCUCCCCCACCCCCCACCACCCCCGCCCCUUCCCCCCCCCCACUACCCCCUCCACAUCCCCCGCCCCUCCCCCUCCCCCACUACCCUCCCCUCCCCGUCCCUCCCCCUACCCCACUCCCCCUCCCCCACCCCCCGCCCCCCCUCCCCCCUUUCCCCCCCCCCCCCCUACCCCCCCUUCCACCAUCCCCCGUCCCUCCCCCCCCCUCCCCUCAACCCCCCUCCCCCCCCCCCCCACCCCCUCCCCCCCCCUCCCCCCCCUACCCCCCCCCACCAUCCCCCCCCCCCCUCCCCCCUAACCCCCCCCCCUCCCCACCCCUAUUAAUUGACCUCGACGAUGAUGCUGAACUUCAGAACUGCUUUAGUGAGAGACAAGACCUUGUUCUCAAAGCUUGUUGCAAACAUAAAAAGGCCCAGACAGAUUGGUCAGACCCUGGGCAGGCACACUAUAAAACUCCUGGAGUGUAUUGUGAUAAAGAUCAGAUUACAGCUAAUCUGCCUUCACUCUCCCAUUGCUUGCUAGAUUUGCUAGCGUUCAGAAUAGCUCUGGGAAACAGCCGCAGGUCCCUUAUUGCGCUAUAUUUCAAGACGAUAAUGCACCAAUACACACCGCUAGAGUUGUUCAGAAUUGGAGUGAAGAACAUGGAUUGGUCCCCACAAUCACCGGAUCUAAACAUUAUCGAGCAUCUGUGGGGUCAGUUAGAACAGCAAGUCAGGAACCAGUUUCCUCCAUCGUCGACUUUGGAAGAGUUAGAGCAGGUUUUGCUUGAGGAAUGGCUCAAAAUUCCCCUGGAUUCUCUUCAAAUGCUAUAUGAAUCAAUUCCUCGACGAAAUGAUGCUGUUUUAGCUGCAAAUUGCGAACCAAUUCCAUAUUGCAAAUAA